GCACAGCGAGCGCCACACACUGGGACGUAGAGGUCCAUCGCAGGUCAGGGAAGGAGCAAAGAACUUGCACAUCGGAGGCGCUGCCUACGUCAGUCAGAACGAGGACGACAGCAGUAAGCCUUCGCGGAAACUGCCGGCCUGAAGAUGGCGACGCGAGCGCUGUUGGCGGCGGUCCUAGGAGUGAUGCUGUUGGGCAACGCGCUUGGAGGGUUUGAAGAGUGUGUGGUGCACGCAGCCAUUCGUCUCCUUGGGCAACGGCGGCGUGCCCGCCUCGUGGGGCGGCUACCACGCGCAAGCCGGGCUGGGCGGCGGGCUGCACCAGCGCGAGCGCACGCGCCGCACGCGACGGUACUACGCCGCGGCGCGGCUCGGCGGCUCCUCGGCGGCAGCGCGGCUCCGCGGGCGGGCCAUGUACGCCCGCUGGCCGGACGCCCCGCGACGGGCUACCACGCGCAAGCCGGGCUGGGCGGCUCCACGGGCGGCAAGCACGGCUCCGCCGGCGGGCUGUACGCCGACGCCGGCACGCCCGACGGCUACCACGCGGGGGCGGGGCUGGGCGGGCACGCAGGCCGCGGCGGCGCAACGGGGGGGAUGUACGCAGGCGCGGGCACGCCCGACGGUUACUACGCGGGCGCCGGCGGCGGCGGCAGCACCAGCGGCGGCAAAGGAGCCAAGGGCGGGCUGUACGCGGGGGCGGGCACGCCCGACGGCUACCAUGCCGGAGCUGGCAUUGGAGGGAACACCGCCGGCGGUAAGCCGCACGGAGGGUACUACGCGGGUGCCAGAGGACAUAAUGGGUACAAGGGAGUGAGCAGUUCUAAUGCUUCCAGCGGGUAUGGACAACCGUGCAACACUUAUUCGCAUCACGGAUGA